AUGGGUUGCGCCGCCUCCCAGGAUGGAGCGAACAGACGAAGACAGAACCAACAAAACCAGCAGAACCAGCAGAAUCAGGACCCGCAGAAUCAGCAGCAGCUGCCGGGGGGAGCGGGCGCCGGGCCAGGAGGGCCUGGUGGUGGUGGGGGAGCUGGAGGACCCGACUCGCCCUCAUCACAGAGACAAAGGCAGCAGAGAGAUGUACUUAUACAAACAUACUUGUUUAGUUGCGCUGCCCCCAUGAUCUGGUAGCGCAGUAGCAAGCUUUUUUACGCAAACAAGGGUGGGAAAACCUCCACCUCGCGCUUCAAAAAAUUGAGCGGUGCGUGACCAAUAUGAAAGAGAAUUUUCUUCCAAUUUCAAAAACAAUCCUAAACUACAGCGCUCCGUCCGUAAGGCUCCGAUAGUGAAGGCCCUGGUCGCCUUGGAAAAUGAACACAUAAAGCUGGAGAAAAAAGGACAGGGGACGUAUGAACUUGGUUUGCAGCUGUCCGUGCUCCAGGGAAUGCGCGGGUUCGAAGUCACGGCGACAUUUAACGGUAAUAUUUGUAUGCAAGUCAGCUAUUCUUGUUGAAGAGAUCUCGUCGUCUGUGAUGCGUGUCUCAUACGGCAGAUGAUGAUCUCGAUUGUGCGUUUUGCAUGUCAAAGUUAAAAUCCUUUCACAAAACAACAGCUUUCGUCGCAGAUCCGCAGGAGCACAAUGUGAUACCCUCUGUCACCGCCCCGGACGUGUCUUCCGAGUUUAAGAAAACGGCAUCUGGGCAAAACAAAGUAGCGUUUAUGGGCAUACCAAAAACGAUGCUCUCCUCCAUGCGCAGUCCCAAGGAGUCGGAGUUGCCCAACGAGAUACCCUUGGUUAUUCACAUAAGGUCACUGCAGGAAAACUACUCCUCCAAAAACGUCUAUGGAAGUGUCAGAAUCGAAAUUGACAAAAUCGAAAAAUUUGUGAUGCACAAAAUCGAUGCCAGUUGGAGCCUCAGUUUUCAACUGGCGCAUGACAAAUUUCGGGACCACCAAAAUCCAGUCUGUCAUGCUGUUUGGGCAAAGCAGACUGCUCCUGUCAUGCUACUCUGGCAACACAUUGUCUACCCCUAAACAGGCUUACAACCGGUCUCAUUUGCCUGCUCCCCAAUACAGGCCUCGCGUGCCCUACAUUUUAUGCAUCACAAGUUUUUCGAUUUUGUCAAUUUCGAUUCUGACGCUUCCAUAACGUCAACGCGGUCUGGUGCUACUGCAAUCUGCGCGAGACCGAGAACGAAAAAUACGAGGUGCUGGUCAUGAAGAAGAUGGUCGCAUGUACUACUUCAUACUUUUCGACGUCGUGUUUUCUUUGGUUUUUUUCAGAACCGAAUCGGAUUGAGGACGUCAAAUAAAAAGAAACUUUCAAUUUGGUUGCGUUCCUUCGCCAUGCUGCAGUUGUACCUUGAAAUGCAACACUAUGCAAAUCAAAACAAGAUGAAAAUUCAUCAACAGGCGAAGGGCGGUCAUACCUGCUACAAAAUCUGUUUGGUGGCACCGUAACGCUCCCGGGCGACACAGAGGGCGACGGUCAGGAGUGCGUCGUCUGCCUUUCCGCGCCAAGAGAGGUUGUGGUUCUGCACUGCAAGCACGUCUGUCUCUGCAAGGCCUGCGCGGGCGUCACCAGCUCCACGUGGAGCUAUCAGUGCCCGAUAUGUCGCGGCCGCGUCGCAGCCUUUGUCGCCGUCGACGACGCAGGGCUUGCGGGAGGUGGAACGUCGGGCGCAGUUACAUGA